GUCAUUUGUCAUUGCAAAUUUAUUUAAUUUCUGUUUCACCAUUGCCGCCCAGUGAAUCAAAAUAAACAAAAAUGCUAUUUUACUCAUUCUUUAAAUCACUCGUUGGCAAAGAUGUUGUGGUUGAGUUAAAAAACGAUCUCAGUAUUUGCGGGACGUUGCAUUCUGUUGAUCAAUAUUUAAACAUUAAGUUGUCGGAUAUAAGCGUCAUCGACCCGGACAAAUACCCUCAUAUGCUAUCAGUAAAGAACUGUUUCAUACGAGGUUCAGUGGUACGUUACGUACAGUUACCUGCUGAUGAAGUAGACACACAGCUGCUCCAAGAUGCGGCAAGGAAAGAAGCGACAGUCUCAACAAGAUAGCCAACUUAACCUCAAUGUUGAUACGACCGUUGGUUUAUGGACUUAAAAGUGUUCGUUUAUAAAUUUAAGUGUAAGGCUUAUGGAAAUAAAUUUUAUUAAGAACA